UGAACAAAGAAUAGCAACUUUGAUAUUUAUGCAUUUCUGGUUUUCAAUUUUUUUUCUUUUCGUCCCUUUUCUCCUGUCAAAGAAAAACUAUCCAAAAGGUGUAAAAUGGAAGAAUUCAUACAGCAUCAAAUAAAACUCAUUGAGACAGAGAGGCAAAUCGAUGUCGAGGAUACUUUGAAACUCUUAUCAUCUUAUACGCCGAUUCAAUUACAAAGAAAAGGUGUUGCAUUGAUCGGCUUGAAAGUGACAGGUAAGCAGAAUCCACCCGGAGCAUUACCUUCUACAAGCGUGCUAUUAGAAUGAAUCAUUCAAACUCAUGUUCAUAAUAGGAAUGAGAACUGGUUUGGGAGGCAAAAGUUUAGUUGAUGUGGAACUAGCAAAUGCAGGCAAAGUACCGCCUGUAUUUCCUGCUCACAAAAUCACCACCGGUGAUAUUGUUGGCUUGGAUGAGUAUAGUAAAGACAAACCAACCAAAGAGCUAGGCACUAAGUGGUCGGCUGUGGUUUUGAAAAUAACAGAUACAAAGAUAACAUUGGCGUUAGAUCAGGAAGAGGAUCUGCCCACUGAUAUACAAGAAAAAUGUCAAAUUGUUAAAUUGGCAAACAGUAUCACUUAUGAGAGAAUGCUGAAAGGCUUGGAGAGAUUACAAAAGCGUUGUACUGGCGAGGAAGGCGGCACCAACAAUUUGAUCAAUGUGCUUUUGGGUCAAUCGCAGUUAUCCCCCGUCCAGUCUGUCAAUGAUAUUAAUUUCUUUGAUGAAACGCUGAAUGAUUCUCAAAGAGAAGCUGUACGUUUUGCAUUAGGAUCACCAGAAAUUGCUCUGAUUCAUGGACCGCCGGGGACGGGUAAAACUUACACUCUUGUGGAAAUUAUUCGCCAACUGUCCAUCAAUCAGAACAAAAAGGUACUCGUGUGUGGGCCUUCCAAUAUUUCUGUUGAUAAUCUAGUAGAACGAUUAUCGCAACAUAAAAUGAACAUUGUACGUGUUGGGCAUCCUGCCCGUGUCCUACCCACCGUUUUAAACCAUACACUAGAUAUUAUUACCUGUACGUGCGAUUCCGGCCAAAUUGUGUCUGAUAUUCGAAAGGAAAUGGAUGAGACAUUAUCAAAUAUCAAAAAAUCAAAAAGCCGCCUGGAGAGAAGGAACAUGUACGAUUUGAUUAAAUCUCUUCGUAAAGAGUACCGUGUUAGAGAAAGAAAGGUAGUGGACGAAGUGCUAACAAAUGCCCAAGUCACUCUUUCAACUAUUAAUGGAGCCGGAAGUAAAACAAUGAUGAAUAAAGAAUUCGAUGUAGUGAUCAUUGACGAAGCAACACAAGCUUUGGAAGCAGAAUGUUGGAUUGCUCUUUUGAAAGCGAAAAAAGCCAUUUUAGCAGGCGAUCAUUUACAGUUGCCGCCCACUAUUAAAACGCCACCUUCUAGGGAAAAAAGCAACAGUGAGAAGAAAAGGCGAAAACGUGGUGUGCUUUCUAUUGACAUAGACCUUACUACCACGCUCUUUGACCGUCUAUUAUCCAUGUACGGGGACAACGUCAAACGUAUGCUGAUGGUGCAAUACCGUAUGCAUCAAAAAAUUAUGGAGUUUAGUUCACGAGAGUUAUAUGAGAACAAGCUUGUGGCGCAUGAUAGCGUUGCAGAACACGUUUUGGCUGACUUGCCAGAUGUACAAAGCACAGAGAACACUGAUAUCCCCGUAGUAAUGAUUGAUACAAGUGAUACAGGAUUAGGACACGAAAUGACGGCAGACGAUGACGAAGAACAGAGUAAAGCCAAUGAAUUGGAGGUCGAAUUGGCAGUCCAUCAUAUAAGAGCUUUAAUGGACGAUGGACUGACGGAGGACCAAAUCGGCGUGAUUACGCCUUAUGCUGCUCAAGUCGCACGACUGAAAAGGGACAUAAGAGAGACCUGGCCAGCAAUUGAAAUAGGAACAGUAGAUGGAUUCCAGGGCCGCGAGAAGGAGGCAAUCGUCUUAUCUUUAGUACGGUCAAAUGAUGAUGGGGAGGUUGGCUUUUUGGCUGAAAGACGAAGAUUAAAUGUUGCUAUGACCAGAGCAAAAAGACAUCUGUGUGUUAUCUGUGAUUCAGAUACCCUGCUUGGAACAAAACGGACAAGCAAUUCUAAGAAUUCCAAUGUGGACGGUGGGUUUAUAAAACGUUGGAUGGAGUAUCUUAAUGAAGAAGCCGAUUUACGAUUCAGUGAAUUUAUUAACCUAUAAAUAUAUUUCAAUUUUUGCAACGUAUAAUCCCUCUUAUGAGAAGACACAUGCACAUAUAUCACCUGCGACACUCUUAGAUUUUUUUACAGAGAAGCAGCUUCUUUUAUUCCAGCUGAAGUGUUGCUGCAUGUUGUGCGAUGUUUCUGUCGAUAGUUUUACAUUACCUCCAUUACUAUGUUACGAAAUGCUAGAUCCUGAUUUGCGAUCUUCAACAUUUUUACUGAAUAUUUGUAAUAAAUUGUUCGAUUUGAACAGAUUGACUUUGAAACACAAGCUGGUUGUUUUUUAUUGAAA